GCUUGCCGUCACUGCUGCCUCCCCGUCGCCAGUCACUGCUUCGCCGUGACAGCUUGGUUUCUCUCUUCUCUGCCGCGUUCUGCAGCUCGGUGCAUCAGCUAUCAGGACUGGUUUUACCAGUUCAACCAGUAAUUUAUCGGUUGAACCAAUAAACCAGUAAACCAAUAGUCUGAUCGGUCCGAUUACCUGUUUGGUUCUUACAACUAUGUUUCGAACCAUUUGUCACAUUCUUUUUCGUCUCAAUAGACCAAAUCCCAUGCUCACAAGACGAAUUCAUCGUCGUGGUCCUGCAAUUCUGUCUUUACAACAACCACAAUGCCUUUCUAUUCUCUACCGAACCUUCUCCCUGUGGUCCAUGAAGAAGGAUCCAGACCUCGAAUCUGCACUCUCCCGCAACCGCCGUUGGAUUGUCAACAACCAGAUCAAGAACAUCAUCCUCCGCCAUCCAAACCAAGAGAUCCCCAUUGCAUUCCUUCAGAAGAAGUUCAAAACCCUUGACCUCAAAGGCAAAGCCCUCAACUGGCUCCACAAGUACCCUUCCUGCUUCAACGUUACUUUCACCAGUGAGGAACACUGCUGUCACCUCUCCAAGCGCAUGAUGAGCCUCGUUGAAGAGGAGGAAUCUGUUAGGGAGUCUCAAGAAAAUGCUUUUGUUUGCAGGUUAGCAAAAUUACUUAUGAUGAGUGUCAACAAGAGGAUUAAUGUUCUGAAAAUCAAUGAGCUGAAAAGGAAUUUAGGGUUUCCCGAUGAUUAUAUAGUUAGGAUUGUUGCAAAGUACCCGAAUUUGUUUCGUGUUGUUAACGAGGGCGGGAGGAAGAGCUCUAUGGAGAUUGAAUUGGUUCACUGGGACCCUCAAUUUGCUGUAUCCACAGUGGAGACUGCGGCCAGGAGGAGCGGCAAUAUAAGGCCAACGUUCUCGUGUUCUUUGCCUUUCAGUUGGGUGAAAUCAUGGGAGAGAUUUCGUGAAUUCGAUUUGGUUCCUUACUUUUCGCCUUACGUGGACCCCAGGGAAUUGGUGGAAGGGUCGAAAGAGAUGGAGAAGAGGAAUGUGGGAUUGGUACAUGAGGUGUUGUCUUUGACUCUUUGGAAGAAAGCCUCAAUAGUGAAGUUGGGUCAUUUUAGGAGGGAGUUUGCUUUGCCUGAUAGGUUGAAUGUGUUGUUGCUCAAGCACCCUGGGAUUUUCUAUGUUUCCAACAAGUAUCAGAUUUACACAGUUCUUCUUAGGGAGGCGUAUGUUGGGUCUAAACUUGUCGAAAAGGAUCCUCUGGUUGUUGUGAAGGAGAAAUUUGGGGAACUGAUGCAGGAGGGGCUUCAUGAGUACAAUCAGAGGCGGCGCCACAUAAAUAUGGAGAAGAGGAGGAAGAAAGGUGUUCCUUUGGCUAGAGUAGAUGAAGUAAAGUGUAGGAGGAGAAGUGAAAAUGCUGACUCAGAUGAUGAUGAGGAUGGAGACAACAAGCUGGGAGGUUUGUUUGACCCAGAGGAAAGGAAACGGUUUUAUAAAGUUCUGUUUGAUGAUGAUACUUCAUGAAAUUCUGAGACGGUUGACAGAACAAACAAGAAACUGACUACUGAAUGGUUUCAUGGCUUUGUUUAUAACUGGAUGUGAACCACCACCACCUUUGUCUGCAUCGUCAUCAUGAUCCUCACUGCUGGUUGUAAAUUGUGCACAAAGGAUGUGGAUAAAGCUUGCUGCAAAAGCUGUAUAUGAAUUUGCUCUUGGCCAUGAAAUCCGAGGGUUGUGUUCUAUUUUUAUCUCACCUCCCAACCACCCGAAAAUUAACCAGGUGCAAAAUCAUUUUCCUUUAAAGAGCCUUCAUGAGAGCAUAAUAUCAGAAAAUUGUGCAUUGCUCUUAUGACUCUUGUUUUUCUUUACUCUGACCUGAUCAUCAUGGCUGGAUGCAUUGUUUUGUUCUUUUUUUGGAACUGCUCAUUUGCAUAGUUAUUAGUCCUUUUUUGUCAUGGCCUUAUGCUUAUACAGUCAAUAUUCCAUAACAUUAGCUUGUUUAUCGAAUAUGCUUAUACCACAUUUGUGAAUUAGUGGUUUAUGUUGUGUGGAUGCUUAAAUAAGCAAUAGUUUCAAACUUGGACUAUGAGUAAUUCAGAUGCAUCAGCUAUAGGUUCAGUUUGAUUUAAGUGUUUAUUGGUGAGUAUAUCUACAUGUCUCAUUUAUUUGUUCUUCUAAAAACUAUAUUUGAUGCAUCUUUUAAAAGCUAUAUUUUGUCCAGAUGAAAUAUUUGAUGCAUCGUUUAAAUAACAAAAUUUUCCAUCAUUCUACCCGAUGUAAUAACCACUUUUUGAUGUGCCCAGUGAUGUAAUAUUUGGACAUGAUGCAAAGCCUCUCCAUCCCUUUCCUCUGUUCCAACUUCCAUCAUUAAGUAAGCUGCUGCUUUUGUUGUGUUGUUCGUCUUCUUCUUCUUCUCCUUCUAUUCCAUCCUCUUCACUGUUACCACAACUUGCUAUUAUUAUUAUUAUUAUUAUUAUUAUUAUUAUUAUUAUUAUUGGCAUCACAACUGGCAGUGGAUAGAGAUGGUGGAGGUUGCGGUGCUGUGUUCACCCACCUUGAUGGAUGUUGAGAGGCUUUUAUGGAUAUUGGCAAAGUGCUAGUCACUGAAAUCUGAGGGCAUUGCUAGCAUUCUCAUUUAAAAUAAUUUUAUUAGCUUGUUAUUGUGUCAUACUACUAUUUUUUUUUUUUCAAACUAUUAUUGUACUAGUUUGCUAUUGGUCACAUACAACCCAGUGAUGGAUUUCAUUACUUUCCUUAAUGGUGAUACAUCAUUCAUGUUCUCUGUCUCCCUUUGUAUGUUAUAUACCUAUAGCCAUUGAGGGAUCUAAUUUGACAAAGAAAUUUAGGAUUGCUUGAGUGCUCAUUGUUCACAUGUUCUAUGAUGUCUUCAUUCUUCUUUUCUUUAUUUAUCUUUUUUUGUCUAAAUCUUUCGCCAUAUGUUGUGUUUUUGUUUGCUUAUUUAGCUUCAAAAAGAUCAAAUGAUUGAAUUUUGCUAAAGGAACAUUUGACCAAAAAGAAGUGCUUUAUUCCCUAAGAAGUAUUAAAUGAUUCUUGUGUAAUUACUUGUACCUGCGCUUCAUAUGUUGUUUUGGUUUUCCAAAACAUAUAGGAAAAUAGGAAAAUAAUUCUUGGUGUAAGUUUUUCAACUUCUAACUAUCAGAUUAAGUUUAGAUUAUCUACAUAUCCUGUUAUUUUGCACUUGAUUAAUCUGUACUAUAUUAGGAAUUUUUUUAGAAACCAGGAUAAAAUUUUUGCACGUGUUUGGAUAAGGUUUUUUUUUGUAUCUGUUGUAUUUUCUUGUUUUUAUUUACUUUCUGGUUGAUUAUUCUGAUAAUCGUUUCGCAUAUAUUUUGGUACACUUGGUCAAUAUAUAAGCAUGAUGUCUUGCCAUUGUCAUACAAUUUGCCACAUAUCAUGGAGUUAAUUUCUGACCUGUCUCUCUCACUAAGGCAUUGUUUAUGUUUGAUUCAUCUGAAUUGAUGUGAUGUUUGACAUUCCAAAUAUUUCAAUACCUCUUGAUCUCUUCUUCCCUGGAAUUGAAAAGCAUGUUCCUUUGAAUAAUUUAUGUAAUCUGUGACGUUAAUGCUUUUGUUUUGGUAUCUUCGUUGAGUGCUUCAAAUCCUGGAAUCUUUUAAAGGGUCAAGGGUCAAGGGUCAAGGAUGCUUGGUUCCAAGGGAUGGUGAAUUUGCAUCAUCAUGUCUUGUUUUGAACUGUGUUGAUGAGGAGAUCUAUUGUAGCAGACAAACAAGAGAAAGGGUCCCACAAAGUGAAUUCAAACAUGCCUCAUCCUGUUACCUCCUCUAUAUAAAAAAGCAUGUUCCUGCAUUCCUUUGUUUUGACGACCAUCAUAGACAAGUAAAAUGUACAAGGAAAUUGACAGAUAUAGUUUUGAUAUCUUUGGCUAAGUAGAUUGUCAUGCACAAUUGUAAUUGAUAUACAGUAUACACGUUGCUGCUUGUAAUUUUUUGUGUCAUUGAAUUCUGUUGAUAUUUUACUCAACACUCCUCCUCCUUGAUGGAUUUGACUUUACAAAGAUUCAAAAGUUU